AUGAAUCUUGAUCUUCCUCGAACAACAACUGCAGGAACUUGUAAUCCUACUAUAGCUCAGUUAGAAGAGCUUAAUGAAAUGCUCAAUAUCUUGGUGAGUGGCAUCGAAACAUUGACCAAUGAUGAACAAUGUCUAACCCAUGAAGCACUUCAAAUACAAAUAACACUUUCAACAUUAGCAGCAGAACAAUCAAAAGUUAAAUUAUCCAUUGAAGAAUCAAAUAUUUUCUUAGAAGGAGUAAAACAUAAUCAAGACUUAUCAUCAUUGCAAGAAAAGGUCGAUGAUUUGCAAUGUAUUUCAUAUGAUGGAGCAUUAGUUUGA